AUGGCGGGAAUCAAGACCAAGAACAACGGGCCCGUGUCCAUGCCCAGUACCCAAGCUGCCGCAAAGGGCUCGAGCAAGAAGGCACAGGGAGACUCUACUUCGACCCCACAGAAGCCAUGCAGCUUUUCUGCUGCCGCGAAGACCACGACUACAAGUUACAAGCGUUCAGCGAGUACGAUUGAAGCAAUGAACGCAACGUCUCAGCCAGAAAUAGAAGACUGGCCAUCUGCGCUGAAGAUAUUGGCUGAACAAGGAAAGGAGAUGGAAGCAAUGCACAAGGCAAUUGAGGGAGAGCACCGAGCAAAGGAAGCCGAAUAUCGUGAUGCUCUAUUGAAACUGCACGUAGGUCUCUCGGAAAUACGGUACGGGGUGCAAGCCAUGCAGGAGUAUGGCUUGGCUGUGAACGAGGUCCUCCAAAAAGCCUUGAUGGAGAUAGGAGCACCGUCUGAGCACGCCGAACGGAUAAGGCAAGGACUUGCGAGCAUGGAAGACGCCCUCGAUGAGCUGCCACGUGUUGCACACUUCAAGGAGACCUACGAAUUAAUCGAUUGUCUUCGUGAGGAUCAUGAAGACCAGCUUGAAGAUGCGAUUGCGAAGGCAGAAGUACUGGAUUCCGACCUGACGAGCGAGCUUGAGGGAUGGUGUGACGCUUUCCAGGAGAACGCUUUGCUAUGCUCUAACUCUUCGCCUAUUCUGUGA